AUGGAAAAGGAGAAUUAUACAGUUGUGACAGAGUUUUAUAUGGUGGGGCUUUCUAAUUAUCCCAGCCUCCAGAUACUUCUUUAUAUUCUCUGCCUAUUGAUGUAUUUGGUGAUUCUACUGGGAAACAGUAUCCUCAUUAUCAUAAGCAUCCUAGAUCCCCGCCUCCACACCCCUAUGUAUUUUUUUCUUGGGAACCUCUCCUUUCUGGACAUCUGUUACACAUCCUCCACUAUCCCUCAAAUGCUGAUAAAUUUUAUGUCUGAGAAAAAAUCCAUCUCCUUCAUAGGAUGUGCCCUACAGUUGUUUCUUUCUCUUGGACUUGGAUCCAUAGAGUGUCUACUGUUGACAGUAAUGGCUUUUGACCGAUAUGUAGCCAUCUGCAAUCCCCUAAGAUACACCAUCAUCAUGAACAGGAGUCUCUGUGUGCAGAUGGCUGCUUGGACCUGGAUUAUAGGAUUUCUGAACUCUCUGAUACAAUCUAUGCUUGCCCUAAAAAUGCCCUUAUGUGAGAACAUAAUUGACCACCUUACAUGUGAAAUUCUUGCUAUUUUGAAAGUUAUCUGUGGAGACAUCUCCCUCAAUAUAUUUAUUAUGAUAAUUGCAAGCAUUGUUCUCUUAAUCACUCCUCUGGUGCUUAUUUUCUUUUCUUAUGUCUUUAUACUAUCAACUAUCCUAAGAAUUAAAUCUACUGAAGGAAGGCAAAAAGCCUUCUCCACUUGUUCAGCCCAUCUGACAGUAGUGAUCUUGUUUUAUGGCUCUGCUCUUUUCAUGUACAUGAAACCCAAGUCAAAGGACACUAAGCUUUUUGAUGAACUCUUUGGGUUGUCUUACUGGGUGAUCACCCCAAUGCUGAACCCCAUCAUCUAUAGUCUGAGGAACAAAGAGGUAAAAGAAGGUGUGAAGAAAGUACUAAUCAAAAAUCUAUAUUUAAGGAAAAUGUGA